GAAAAGCGGGAGGUUGCAUAUUAUGUGAACAGUUCAACUCUACUAGCUGGUAAGCAGGCAUCACUCUAAUCAGAGGGGCAGCUUAUCUAAACAAACCACAAGCCAUGUCUCGGCAGAUCAGAAAAUCAGGGAUCCAUACAAUUGAUUGGCAUUUACCUGCUCUAUCUUCUUCUGGUUCGGCACAUCAUAUAAGCACAGAACUGUUUGUGCUGACUUAUGGGGCUCUGGUGUCCGAUCUGUGCAAAGAAUACAGCAAUGAUGAGGAGAUCAACCACAGGCUAGAGACUAUGGGCUACAAUAUUGGAGUAAGGCUUAUUGAAGACUUUCUGGCUCGUUCAUGUGUUGAAAAAUGUCAAAGUUAUCAGGAAACCACAGAUGUCAUUGCAAAGGUUGCUUUCAAGAUGUAUCUGGGAGUGACCCCCAGUGUGACCAGCAGUAGCCCCGCUGGGGACGAAUUCUCUCUGCUACUGGACAGCAAUCCUUUAGAAGACUUUAUAGAAGAACUUCCUGAAGGACACUCUUCCCUCCUCUACUCUAACCUUCUGUGUGGGAUUCUGCGUGGAGCGCUACAAACGGUCCGACUGGCAGCUCAUGUAGAACUAAUUCAGAAUGGAGGAAAAGGAGAAAAGAAGACAGAGAUAAGACUCAGCUUCUUGGGAAGACUGGAGGAGAAUCUGCCCAAAUCAGAAGACUAACAUGGGAAUAACUGGGUUACCUCUAUAAAGCAUGUACAUUACUUGAUCAUUGACCAGUAGGAAUUUAAAGUAUAUUGGACUGAUUUUAACUUUUAAAGUACAGUACAUUUGCCUGCAAUUUCGCAAGAAACAACAUCUGGUUUUACUCUGUGGCCCUUUUCUCAAGCAUUUUCUUCUGACCGAAUCCAGUAACAAAAUUAAUUUAACCUUGAUAUACCAACACCAUGUGAAUUAGGUAAAUAAUGUUCUGGAAAAUGUUUAUGGUAAAUCUGGCUUUGGGGGUAGUUAUAGCAAUCCUAUACUACAGUUUAAAAUCAUUAUGAUUAAAAGAUGUAUUUCCUGGUUGAAUAACGGUUUAUUUUCUCUGUAGAACCACAUUAUUGCCGGUUGUAAGCCAUUGUCAUCACACUGCAGGAGGAAGACUGGUCUGCUCUCCCUUAUAAAAGUCUAACGUAGUAAAGAAAUAUGACGUAAAGCAAAGUGAAAGUGUGGUUAAGCAUAGGUAAGCAUUGCAAAGCCCAGAGAGGUAUUUUAAAGCAUAUCAAAAAACAUGGCAAACCAUGGUAAACUACCGGUAUGGUAAAUGUAUUGGAAGUGCAUAGGAAAACUGCUAAAUUACCAUACAUUUAGGGGUAGACGUAAGGAUACACACAGAGUGAUCUGCGGGUGCAAAACCCCCAUAAUGGUGCUCACCUGGCAUUCUGCACUCACUCUCAAAUUUGCACUUUGCCUUCUGUGACAGGGUACACCCACCCCCUGUGUGUAUUUGUGUUGUAUUAUUAUUUCAAAUGUAUUGUUCAGUUAUUAUUUAUUGAUGUUUUGUUUGGCAGGGAAGGAGUUAAAAACCUUCCCUGCUAGAAAUACUUGUGUAGAAUGUGGCUGUCUUGACACUGGCUAAUAGAUUGCCAGUUUGAGGACAGCCACAUCAAUAUAAAACCUCGCAGCUCUGGCUGAUCGAGGAGAGUGUGUUCAGAGGAGGAACGAGACAUGAGUGAAAGAUAAACUAAAGCUUAAACAUAACAAUUGCUACACAUGCUGAUUAUAUACCAGCACCAAGGGUGGAAAGUAACAAAGUAGAAAUACUUCUUUACACUACUUAAGUAUUUGUUUUCGAGAUCUGUACUUUACAUAAGUACUUUAUUUUUGGGAUACUUGUACUUUUACUCAAGUACGUUUGUUUAGAAAAUAUUGUACUUUUUACUCCACUACAUUUCCAGAAGCAUCUCGUUACUCGUUCUUUCAGCACACUGGGUGCGUUCACGACACGCAGACUUUCGUCAUUCUGCGCAGAAUCUGCACAGAAUCAGAGCAAGUAUCCAAUGAAUUUUCAGAAUCUUUGCAGAAUCUGCGCAGACUUAGCAAAGUCUGCCUCUCGUGAACGCACCCACUGGCUCUUGUGCUGGCCAGGAUUCUGAUUGGGUAAAACCCUAAGAGCAACGUGUCAGCUCUCUUUGAUGACAUAGAAAAGGAAUGCAAACCUAUGGCAUGCGUGGCAUGCAGAGUCGUAUUUGUUGGCACGCUAAAUCAGCAGCUGUUUGCUGGUUGUUGUUCUUUGUUUUGUUUUUUUCCAUGCCCGCAAUCAGACUUGAGUGGCACUUCAGAAAGCCAGUCAGUUUGAUUUGCAAGGAUGGCCCCGCCCCGGAGUAAUUGAGCAUUGCUGACUGUAUCCGUUAUUAUCUGAAUGUUUCUGUUCGACUAUGACAGUUUUAUGCUGCUGUGCUGCACUCCGGGGCCAGGAGGAAGCAGUCAAAAACAGUGAGUCUGUCCAUAUGUAAAUGUAGUCAGCUAUGGAUGUGUCAGCAGGACUCUCGGAGUCCGGGGAGGAAGAAUUUUGCUUACCGUUAUCUCCUGUACUUCACACUCCGACACAAUUUAAAAUUGUCGGAGUCGGGGAGCCUAAAAAACCCUGAAUGACAUAAUCCGAGCGAAAAUAUAUUUACUGUCACAUACAGUACUUGUAUCUCAGACGAUGUUUGAUGCUGGUUUUUUUUAAAAAAAAUGAAAUCUUGACAUUAUGGGGGAAAUGCAGGUGUCAAACUACGCUGAAAAAAAAGAAUAGCCUAUCCACAAAUGUACUCAUAUCAGAGGCAUAAUUUAUUUUGAGACAUUUGUUGUUGUUUUUUGUUUUUUUGAGAAUUUUUACAACCUGCUUUUCCUUCACUGUAUGAAGACAACCACAGCUGUCUUUUUCCAA